AUGAAGGAGGAUGGGCAUUUACCGAACCCUGUGAAUUAUGACCUCAUCAUCAUUACUGGCGGGCUAAGCAAUUUGUGCCAGGCGACAUUUGAGCCGUGGGUCAACACGACUCUCGAGUGGAUUCGGCAGGUAGUAUCGCAGCAGCACAUCACGAAGACGAAGCUACUUGGUAUUUGCUGGGGCCACCAAGCAAUCGCAAGUGCUCUUUCUGGAAGCAUCGGGAGUUUCGAGCAUCCAAGGGUUGGCGUGCAACAACUCACAUUGAAUGCUGAUGGAAAAGACAUGUUUGGCAAAGACUCGCUGAAAAUCACCAAAUUCCACAAACGGUUUGUUCAGCAAGUACCGGAUGGCUUCAAACCAUUGGCCCCUGACAACGAAAUCCUUUCAUCCGACUCAGGGCUUGUCUUGUCGCUCCAAGGUCAUCCCGAGAUUUAUGGAGAGCUGUCUAGACAGCUCUUUGAGAUGAACGUGCCAUACUACAGAGCUACUUUGCCUACCGAGGAGGACCUGCAACGCUACUACUCAGAGAUGUCUUCGAGUGAAGAGGAUGCCAAACUUAUUUUCCGCAAAAUCACGGGCUGGGCUCUGUCUAGACAUGAAUAG